UCUUCUACUUCCAUCACUGGAGGACCUCGCGCUGCACCUCUUCGGCAAACAAAUAAGCAAUAAUGAAGGGAAUGUAAAAGAUGGGAUUAUUACUCCUCAAGAUGCACAGCCAGAUUAUCUUAAAAUCUUCAUGACUCGGGACACUUUUAAAAAGUGAACCACAAGAGCCACCCUUCUUCUGUGCUGCAAAGAUGUUGAAACAAUCGAGUCAAGCCCAGAAGCAUCUGAGUAAGGAGGACAACUCUGGAUCGGAUGCCGGAUCAGAGGUCAGUCUAGAACCAGAAACGGACCGGUUUGGCUUCAUUCUGACCAAUGGAUCAACAGCUGGGAGUGUUGGCCCAUCCCCUGAGGUGGUCAGGCAGCGGGAGGCCAAAUGGAUCAACAUCAUGAGCCAAUGGGACUUCAUCUUGUCUAAGAAGAGCAGCAAGGUCAAGCUUCAGUGCCAGAAAGGAAUCCCUGCUUCACUCCGAGCGAAAUGCUGGCCUCUGCUGUGCGGAGCAACGGACAGAAUGGCACAAAAUAAAAAACUCUAUGAGUUUCUAGACUCACAGCCAGGCCUGCAGAGCUGGGUGGAUAUAAUCGAGAGGGACCUAGAUCGACAGUUCCCCUUCCACGAGAUGUUCCUCUCUAAAGACGGACACGGGCAGCGGGGCUUGUUCCGGGUGUUGAAAGCUUACACUCAGUUCCAACCAGAGGAAGGUUAUUGCCAGGCUCAGGGGCCGGUGGCUGCGGUGCUUCUGAUGAACAUGCCUGCUGAGGAGGCCUUCUGGUGUUUGGUUCAGAUCAGUGAGCAGUACCUGCCUGGAUACUACAGUCCUCUGCUGGAGGGAGUCCUGUUUGACGCGGCCAUCCUUUCCUGGGUCUUGAAGAAGAUGUGCCCGGCUAUACACAAACAUCUCCAGCAGCAUGGGGUGGAGCCACUCAUGUUCGCCACCGACUGGUUAAUGUGUCUGUUCACACGUCACCUGCCAUUUAACACACUUCUCCGAGUCUGGGACCUCUUCUUCUGCUAUGGUGUGAAGGUGCUGCUCCAGGUGGCGGUGGUGCUGGUGCGGUGCGUCCUGGGUCGGGCCGAGCAGAGGAAGCAGUGCGCAGGCCAGAUGGAGACUCUGGAAAGGCUGAGGGGUGUCAGGGAACAUGUUCAGGAGGAGGAGGAGUCAUUCAUAGCAGAGGUUUGCGCCGUGCCACUCUCAGGUAAAGACCUGAAGAGGCGGAUGGAGAAGGAGUUGCAAAGGUGGAGGACAGACAAACCUUCGUCUACAUUCGACCCCCGGGGUCGCUGCUAUGGGUAUCGGAUGGCGUGUUUGAGAGUUCGACAGUGGGAGGAAGAACGUGAGAGGAAGGAAAGAGAAAAGGGGAAUCUGUCUGUCCCUCUUGCUCGUUCUGCCUCUACUCUUUCGCUGUCACCUUCCCUCCUUCACAAGAAGUUUAGGAGAGGAAAAGUCAAUGCUGGCGAGAGUGGCAAUAAAGUUGCAAGGCAUCUUUCAAUAGAAGCAAAGGAGGAUUGGAAAAGCUGGAGUGAUUUAGAUUUUAAAAAGAUUCAAGGUGUCCAAGAAGAAGACGUAGUUUCAGAUGGACAUAAAACAGAAACUGAGACAAAACUUGAAGAAGAAAAUGAACAAGAAGAAAACAAAAACUCACCAACAGACCACAAAGAAAAUACAGUAAGAGUAGAAGAACAGCAUGAGCCUUUGGAAGCAGGAAUAUCUGAAAAGGAUGAAAGCAAAGAGAUGGGAGAAAGCAAAAUAGUUUUAGAAAAGACAGGGCAGUUUCAAUCGGUUGAAAAUAAUUCCCAAACUGCAGAAGACUCAUCUCAAUGUGAGGAGAAAGAAAAGCCAAACCAACCAGAAGUUCUGGAGGAGGAGAAUCACAAAAGCAAUGAGGAGGAGAGCGGGGCAGCAGAAAUUAAUGGGACUGAGAACCGAAAAGAUCUACAGAAUAUGGGCCAAUCACAUGUUCUGGAAGAACAAAGUAACAAAAACGAGGAGGAGAGUGGGGAUACACAAAUAAAUAAGGAGACAGAGAACUCAGAAAAGCUGGAACAUCUGGGCCAAUCACAUGUUCUAGAAGAACAAAGCAAUGAGGAGGAGAGUGAGGCAACAGAUAUGCAUGAGGAAGCAGAGAACCCUGCAGCAGAAAAUAAAAACAAGACCACCGUGGAGAAAAAUCACACAGAGAUUCAGAGAGAAAACACAGACACAAACACAGAGGUUCAGAUUCAUAUUCACACAGAAUCAUGGGAGGAGCCAACCACACAAGCUGGCAUGAAACCAGAGGCUAGUACAGAAACUGAAAACUCACAACCGCUGCAGAUGGACGCGGCCAACAAGGUCUCAGAGACGAGAAGUGAGACAAACCAGGACUCAGAAUCUCAUCGAGACCUGGAUCCUAAAACUGACACACAAGAGGGGCAAGAAGAAGUGAUCACAGAGACACAGGAAAAAUGCUACAGCAAUGAAUCAUUCAUAGAAAAAGAAAAAGCAGAGUCCCACACCCAGACAGAGACAGAAACUGAUGUCCUGGCAGAAAAUGCAGCCGUGCAGGACGACCUAAAUAUUAAACUAAUACAAACUGAGCCAGAAGAACUGACAGAGGAACAAUCACAGAUACCAUCUGCACCUGAAAGCACCUAUCAACAGGAGGAGAUGGAAAUAAAGACCAUGGCAGUAGGUGGCACUGCACAGGAAAUAGAGGACAUAAUGCCAAAACAUCUAGAUACACAAAGCGAGGAAUGUGUUUCUGAUCAAAUAAAUUCAGAGGAAUCACAAAAAAACAAUCAGACAUACGAGGAGGCUGCCGAGUGUGCAUCAUCUGCAGAAAAAGAGGAGAUUUUAACACAGGAUGAGUCAGUGAAGUCUGAUAAGAUACAAAUAAGCACUUCUGACAUUCAAGCACCCGAACAGUCAGCAUCAGGUACUGUGGAGGAUGCAGAAAGCACAGAAAAUGUUCCAGAAAGCAAAGCAGGAGAGGAAAAUGUCUUAAUUUCUCCUGGACCAACAAGUGAACCAAAUUCUGACAGCUACAAAGAUAUCCAAGAAAAAAUUAAUCAGGAUGCAAAAGACCUUGCUGAACUCAGUGACAGCAGCCAGAAGCAAACAUCUGUACGCCGCAGUAGUCGCUCCUCUGGUGAUUUCUGUCUGCGGAAGUCCUCCAGCUCACGUGGCUCCAAGUUAACACGCAGACUUUCAGAGGAUCUCUUCAGCUAUCCUGAAAAAACUAACCAAUCCCACUUCAGCCCUAGUCAACCAGAAUCAGAACCGAAAGAAGUAAAAUCAGAGCAAUCUGUUUCUGAAGUGGCUGAUGAUGCGGCGGUGCCGCAGCAGGAGCAACAGCCCGACACCUCCAAGCGCUUCAGGCUCUUCCGCAAACUAAAAGGAGAGCAACCCAAAAAGGCCAAGCCGAAUAAGAAACCCAAAAUGCAGGUACCCAAAAUCUUGAUUCAGGACUUCAGCGACAUGACGCCAGCAGAUGAGCCAGUCCAGGAUGACCCGGAGGAGAAGCUGAGCUCCAGGGAGAGGAGGAGGAGGCGGAGGGAGGAGGAGAGAAAGGAAAAGGAGGAGGAGAAGCUGAAAAAGAAAAAAGAGAAGGAACAAGAGAGAGAGAGGAGGAAACCACAAACCAGGGGCAAAAGUUUUCAAGCCCAGAGGGAGAAAGUUAGCGACGGUGUUGCUCAGUCUGCAAAGACGGGCUCACAGAUCCUCAGACAUUCUGAUUCUUAUGCUGAAUGUUACUUUUAACAAAAACGGCAUCUGAUUUUAGGCUACAUCAUCUCCCUUUCUUGUCUGACCUCAACCUUGGUUUAUACUUGGACCAUUUCAGAUGUAAAUAAAUAAUAAAUAUUGUUUAUAUAAUAUGAAAA